AUGAGUUCAUCCACCCUUUUCCAUCUCUUCCUCCUCUCCUCCCUCCUCUUAUCUUGCCUUUUCAAAUGCAAAGCUUGCAAGCUGUUGAUAGCCUAUAUAUAUAUAUAUGAUGGUGUAGAGGAUGACUUUAGCUACAUUGAAGGAAGUCCUAAUGGUCCUGAAAACUGGGGAAAUCUAAAACCAGAGUGGGAGGCUUGUGGCAAAGGCAUGGAGCAGUCACCCAUUCAGUUGCGUGAUAACAGAGUGAUAUUCGAUCAAACUUUGGGGAAGUUGAGAAGAAAUUAUAGAGCCGCUGAUGCAACAUUAAGGAACAGUGGACAUGAUGUAUUGAUGGAAUUUAAGAGUAAUGCUGGUUCACUAUCAAUCAAUCGAGUUGCAUACCAACUCAAGCGAAUUCAUUUUCACUCCCCUUCAGAGCAUGAAAUGAAUGGCGAAAGGUUUGACCUUGAGGCACAGCUGGUCCAUGAGAGCCAAGACCAAAAGAGAGCAGUGGUUUCUAUUCUUUUCAGAUUUGGACGUGCUGAUACAUUCCUCUCAGAUCUUGAAGACUUUAUCAAGCAGUUUAGCAGUAGCCAGAAGAAUGAAAUAAAUGCAGGAGUUGUGGAUCCAAAUCAAUUACAGUUUGAUGACUGUGCAUAUUUUAGAUACAUGGGCUCAUUCACAGCUCCACCUUGCACUGAAGGUAUUUCAUGGACCGUCAUGAGGAAGGUUGCAACUGUUUCACCAAGGCAAGUACUGCUGUUGAAGCAGGCAGUGAAUGAAAAUGCUAUAAACAAUGCAAGACCACUUCAACCAACCAAUUUCCGCUCCGUUUUUUACUUUGAACAGCUAAAAUCGAAGCUUGGUGUCAUGUAAUAAUAUAAGCUCAUAGUAUGUCUGGGUGUAAUAUGGU